AUGAGGACGCUGAUGCGCCAGGGGCUCGCCGUGUGCGCGGCGCUCACCACCAUGUGCACCAGCUUGUUGCUCAUGUACGGCGGCAUCGGCGGGGGCCACCCGGAGCCCCGGCAGCAGCAGCAGCAGGUGGCGGCGGCGACAACGAGCCGCGCGCCGGGACGCGGCCAGCAGCGCCCGGCGCUGCCCGGCGGCACCGGCCUCCUCGAGGGCUACAUCAGCGUCCUGGAGCACAAGCCUUUAAAGAUGCACUGCAAGAGUUGUGCAUUGGUCACCAGUUCUGGACACCUUCUGGGAAGCAAACAAGGUGACAAAAUUGACCAGACAGAGUGUGUAAUACGAAUGAACGAUGCACCUACCCGAGGUUAUGGAAAAGAUGUGGGCAACAGAACAAGCCUUCGAGUCAUCGCACACUCCAGCAUUCAGAGGAUUUUACGAAAUCGCAACGAACUCUUAAAUAUGAGCCACGGAGCCGUAUUUAUCUUCUGGGGUCCUAGCAGCUACAUGAGGAGAGAUGGAAAAGGCUUGGUGUAUAAUAACCUGCAGCUGAUGAACCAGAUACUGCCUCAAUUAAAAGCAUAUAUGAUUUCUCGCCAUAAGAUGCUUCAAUUUGAUGACUUAUUCAAACGGGAAACUGGGAAAGACAGGAAGAUAUCCAACACUUGGCUUAGCACGGGCUGGUUCACAAUGACUAUCGCAUUAGAGCUCUGUGACAGGAUAAAUGUUUAUGGCAUGGUGCCACCGGAUUUCUGCAGGGAUCCUAAUCAUCUUUCAGUACCUUAUCAUUAUUACGAACCCCUGGGACCUGACGAGUGCACGAUGUACCUCUCCCACGAGCGGGGCCGGAAGGGCAGUCACCACCGCUUCAUCACAGAGAAGCGAGUCUUUGAGAACUGGGCACGGACUUUCAAUAUUCACUUUUUCCAACCAGACUGGAAACCAGAACCACUUACUGUGAAUCACCCUGAGAUUAAACCGGUCAUCUGAGGGAUGAAGACCAAAGACUGCAAGCACAGUCACAUACCGUAUCGGCUUUCAGGGUGUUGGACUUUCUGGGACAGCAGGGCAACCAAGAUGAGAAGAGUGACGGGAUUUGCAGAUCAGAACUGUGACAACAGUCAGGAAGUUAGGAUGGAGUAUAUCAAGAGUACUUUGUGUCRAACUGUACAUUAAACCAGUAUAUAGCCUUUUCUGGCUAUCUGACUUCCUGUAUGUGUAUGUGAUUUGUGAAAAGCAACUUGAGUAUCAUUAGCAGAUGGUUAAUUCAUUUUGUUUUUUUAAAGUACAAUGCCACUGAAUUUUCAUAGUGAAAACUUAUGGUAUUUAUUUAAUGGAGGUUUUUAUGCAACCUAGGCCAGUAUUUUUCUAAUUCACAAUUAUGUGGUUGUUUAUCUUUCAUAAUCCUUCAAAUCGAGAAUUAAUACUGCUGAUGAUUUGAAAGGCCUAGCUUUUUAUUUACAAAAUUUGUUUGGGGAAAAAGAUUCUCUAUAGCAUGCAAUUAAUAUUUGAUUUGGAAAUGUAAAAUAUUGGGACUCCCUUCCAGCCUGAAGCUUUUAACAUCAAGAAUGCUCCUAUGUGCAAAUCUAGCUAACUAGUUCUACAGGCUGACACCUCAUUUUAAUAUGAUGAUGGUAGACAAAUUCUUUUUGAUAUGAACAUGCACUUGCUGCCAUGCUAUCAAACUGCUGUUUGUUAAUUAGAGGUGGAGGGAAGGAGGGCAAAGAUAAUCUGAAAAAUCACUGUCUACAGCCACACAUUUGCAAUGAAGAAGAAACCAACUGGGGUCAGAGAAGACUGCAGUCAGUUUUGCUUCUCAUAGUCCAGCAAAAGACUGAAGUAGCAACUGUCUUCCUGAAGCAACAAGCUACAAACCAGACAACCAUGGCUUGCAACGACAUGGCCAAGUUUCUGAAAUCAAGUUGUUACAAACUACCAGGUAAUGUAAUACUGACCAAACCAGCUCAAAACAGGAUUCACACAGACUAGAGCCCAGCACUGUCAGAAUUUCUGCCUUCCACUUCUCCAAGAUCAUUGUCCAUCCUGGACGGCACUGAAGUUAGAAGGCGAAACAAGUUCUGUGAGUAAAAGAUUGUCUCCCUAAAAACAGCAAAGUUAGCACACGUGGUAGUUUCUUUGUGAAGGAMUCCAGCAUGACUAGUCUCUGCAAACUAAGGGGUGAACAGUGCUAGUUCUGUAUAUGGAACCUCACAGUGUAUC